CCCCCUCGGACCCGGCCCCAGCUCUGGCCCGGGCCCCGCGGGAGGGAAAGGCAGGCAGGCCGGCAGGCGAGCGAGUGGACGGAGUACGCCAGGUAGUGCCCCCGUUGCGCCGCCCUCCCUCCUUUGCUCGCCCCGCCUGCCUUAGCCCUGCUCCGGAGGGCGGAAGGACUGAGGCUACCAUGAGGAGCUUGCUGCCCGCAGGGAGAGACUGAGGAGGCUGGAUUUACUGCGAGAACGGUGGGAGGAAGCGCCUGGAAUGAACCGGGACGGACACCCCGGCUGGAGCCUGUGAGCAGAAGAGCGGGCGUCCCAGCAGCUUGAGGUUUUGAGGCCACAGAACAUUUGUACAUGAGGAGGACCUAAGCCCAGAGAUGGAAUUUUGGUUUGCUUUCCUCUUCUUAGGGAUUUUCUCGAUGUCUGAUUCCGCCCGAGGCCCUCCAAGAAUCUCCGACCGUGUGGCCCCCAGGCAGUCGGCAAGGCUGGGGAGGACUGUCAAACUCCUGUGCCCUGUGGAAGGGGACCCACCACCCCUCACCAUGUGGACUAAGGAUGGGCGUACCAUCCACAGCGGCUGGGCCCGUUUUCGAGUCCUCCCCCAGGGCUUGAAGAUCAAGGAAGUGGAACAAGGGGAUGCUGGUACCUAUGUAUGCAAGGCCACCAAUGGCUUCGGCAGCCUGAGUGUCAAUUACACGCUCAUUGUGAUGGAUGAUGUCACCGUGGGGAAAGAGAACCCAGGACCUGAAGGCUCCAAUGGUGAACAGGAAGAUGCAUCUGGCAAACAGUGGGCCCGACCUCGAUUCACCCAGCCUUCCAAGAUGCGACGGAGGGUGAUUGCCCGGCCCGUGGGCAGCUCUGUACGGCUCAAGUGUGUGGCCAGCGGCCACCCACGGCCGGACAUCAUGUGGCUGAAGGAUGAUAAGACCUUGACACCCCAGGAGGUUGGUGAACACAAGAAGAAGAAGUGGACACUCAACCUGAAGAACCUGAAGCCAGAGGACAGUGGAAAAUACACAUGCCGAGUCUUUAACCGAGCUGGCGAGAUCAAUGCCACCUACAAAGUGGAAGUCAUCCAGCGGACCCGCUCCAAGCCCAUCCUGACGGGCACCCACCCGGUGAACACCACUGUGGACUUUGGCGGGACGACAUCCUUUCAGUGCAAGGUGCGCAGCGACGUGAAGCCAGUGAUUCAGUGGCUCAAACGGGUCGAGUAUGGCACGGAGAGCAAGUACAACUCCACCAUUGAUGUUGGCGGCCAGAAGUUUGUGGUGCUCCCCACUGGGGACGUGUGGUCCCGGCCCGAUGGCUCCUACCUCAACAAGCUCAUGAUCACCCGAGCCCGGCAGGAGGACGCGGGCAUGUACAUCUGCUUGGGAGCCAAUACCAUGGGCUACAGUUUCCGAAGUGCCUUCCUCACUGUGCUGCCAGACCCCAAGCCUCCCAGCGGCCCCGCAGCCCCCUCGUCAACCAGCAGUCUGCCUUGGCCAGUGGUGAUUGGUAUCCCGGCUGGCGCCGUCUUCAUCUUGGGCACCGUGUUGCUGUGGCUGUGUCAGACCAAGAAGAAACCAUGUUCCCCACCCCCAGCUGCACCAGGCCACCGGCCACCCCCUCGGGAUCGAGCCGGCUUGGCUGCCAUGCCUGACAAGGACUGCCUAACCUCGGGACACUACGAGGAUUAUGGGGUGGGGGGUCAGCCCCAGCUGCCCCCUGCAGCACAGCAGCACCUGCUGGGCCAAGGCCCAGGACCCACCACCAAGCUGUACCCCAAGCUCUAUACAGACAUCCAUACCCACACGCAUACCCACUCUCACUCCCAUGUGGAGGGCAAAGUUCACCAGCACAUACAUUACCAGUGCUAGGUGGUGGCGGCCGAGGCAGUGGGUAUUUGAUAUCCGGCUCUACGUGGCAGCAGGUGGGUGAACAAGGCCCCUUUGCAGGGGGGCCCCCCUGCCGGGACCCAUACAGACCCCUCAUGGGGCAGGAGGUACAGAGAGACGGAGUCACAGAGAUGUGGAAGGAUGCCCGAGGGAGCUAUGGGAGAUGGAUGUGGACAGAGACAGAUGCAGAUGCAACUUCCAAGACAGAGAUCGAAAGAGACACAAAGAGCUACAGAAACAGACAUACACAGAGCCUCAGAAAGAGAGAAUCUAUAUAAAGAGUUCUAUUUUUUUUGUGACAUUGCAGUGAAUCUAUAGUGAUGGAAUAAUGAAGGAAUCGUCCUCCCCCCCGCCCCUACUCUUGCUCCAAGGCAAUUAUCCUUGAUUGAUGCUUUAUUCACCUCCACCCCAUCUCAAACCCCCUCUCCCUGGCCCCUGAAGUGGUGGGUGCUUUGGCAGAGGGUUCUUGGCUUUAAAGAAACAAAAGAUGUCCCCCAUCCCUUCAUCCCCAUCUUGUUCCGUGCCCAAAGUUGUGGAGAUAGAAGGAAGGGGUUUGGUCCUCUGCAUGGAGCAGUGUACCCUGCCCUGUGCUGGGGCCAGACAAGAAGGAGAGGAAGGGCUUGUUUGAAUUCCAACAGGCCAACUCUGGCCUGGUGCCUGGGGGAAGGGUGGGGAAGGAGUCCUGGGCAAGGCCAGUGGGCUGUGGACUCUCUGCUAGACCCCAACAUGGUGCCAUUAUCCAUUAGGCUCUCCAGACCGCCCCUUCCCCUUUUCCCCCCACAAUCCCCUUUGCUAUUUAUAUUUAUGAAAUUAAGAAAAUAAUAAUAAUAUUAAUAAUAAUAAUAAAAAGGAGAGCCUUCCCAAGAGUGGGCAAAGGCCCACCAGGGUCAGCAGCACUGACCAGUGCAUCCCUUGUGGAAUGGCCAUCUAUCCUAGAGAUUGCUCCAGCUCAUUACUGCACCCCAAGAAGGGUAACCCUGGAUUGCCCAUCUAGAGCCAAGGCCUAACCCUUGAGGGAGACGCUGGGGCCUCCUUGCCCACCUCUUCUCCGAAGGCUGUAGCUGGGUGUUAAUGCAAAGGAAAUACCCUAUUCAGCCUAGACAGUGCCUAAGCAGGGGCCAUGUAUGUUUAAUUUAUUUUGUUUAAUGUGGUCAAACAAAGUAUGUGCUUUUCCUACAAGCAGAUUUUUCUAUCUGUCCAUCUGCCAGGCUAGAAAGGCAGGCCUGUUUGUGCGUCUGCCACUCCUGGGAGCCCAGGGUUGCUGUAAUCUAGAAGUGAGCAUGGUUCCAGCUGGUAGAAACUUGACUAAGUUCAUCCCCUCUGAAGCCUGGGUCCUUGGGGAAUGACAGGGAAAGCAGGGUCCAGGCCAGGACAGAGGAUCUGAACCUGGCCAAAGGCUUUCCCUUCCCUCGCCUCAAACAAGCAAACAAAAAUCAGGCAAAUUUGGAUUUGGAAAACUUAUGUGAGUUUAUGAUUCUUCAAAAACAAAAAAAAGUUGCUCCCCUUUCCUCUCCCUCCCCCAGUCCUGCCAGUUUUUCCAGGGCAAGGGAGAGUGGGGGGUUUCAUUGGGGCUAGGCUGGGCUUAGCCACUAGCUCAUGGGUUCGAGGGCCCAGACAACAUGGGCAAGCCCCUCCCCCCCCAAGGGGAUGCUACUGAAACCAAGGCAGGGACUCUGACAUUUACCAGGGUCCCAGUGCUAGAUCCUGUCUCCUGCCAAGGCCAGAGUCCAGACCCCAAAGAGAGAGAAGGCUCCUUCCUCCCCCAACCCCUUUCCGAGCCAUGCUGCUACUUUCCCCCAACAUAUUCUCAUCUAUCAACUAACUUGCUCCUCAGAACACCGCAUCUGAGGUAGGUAUUAAUCUCCCCAUUUUGCAGGCAAGGCAGCUGAGGCCCACAGAGGGACUGAGGUCAUAUAGCCUGCUUUUCUCAGAAGCUUGGAGCCAGUCCUCACAGUCCAGGCUUUUCCUACAAUAUCAAAAAAUAGAUAAGAAAGGAGAAAAGUAGAUGAGACCUCACAUCGUUCUCAUCAUGCCUCUGUAUCCUCUUCAUCUCAGCCUCUCACCCCCCACCCCUCACUGCCCUGCCCCAGGCCUCAGAAUGGUGCUGCUAAAACUGUCUUAAGCAUCCAAACCCUGGAAAAGAGACAGACUUGGGAGCAGAGGGUUGAGGUGGGAGUGAAAGGUUGAGAUCAUAUGAAAUGGGGGAGGGAAGGGCCUAUGGUUUUUUUUUUAUCCAAAAUAUUUCAAGAGAAGAGAAUGUAUCAGGAGGCUUAAGCAGGCAAGGGGGUGUCCAGGAAGCCCUCCCUUUAGCUGCUGACAGCUCAGGCAGAUCUUGCUUGCCCUUAGUCUAGGCCAUGAGGGGAGCCACGGGACAGGAAGAGCUAUAUCUGACCAUCAGCUACCCUUAGCCUCCAUUGGCCAAUGUGUUGCACCCUAAACAUGAAGUUAAAAUGAUGAGUUUGUAUGUGUGUAUGUGAGUGUAUGUGUGUAUGUAUGUCUGUGUGUCUGUGUGUCCAUGUGUCCAUGUCUGUGUGUAAGCCCCACCAUCCGUGUUGAGACAAUCGUGUACAGUUGGCCCCUUCCUGUUCGAUGAAAGCUUUAUUGAACAUUUAUCAAUAAAUGCGUGAAGCUA